AUGCCGCACUAUAUUGACACCACUGCCAAGACUGGUGAUUGGCGCGACGCCCUCUACGAAGAUGGCUUCGUCGUUGUCAAGGGCGUCCUCUCCCAGGAGAAGGCCAGCUCGUACGUCGAUAGGAUGUUCCAAUGGCUCGAAAGCUUCCCUUUCGGUUUCAAGAGAGACGACCCGUCCACGUGGAAUGCCAACCACCUCCCCGCCCACAUGAAGGGCGGUAUGUUCCAUGGCUACGCCGUGCAGCAUGAGAAAGUCAUGUGGGACGCCAGAUGUGAGCCCAACAUCAUCGAAGCCUUCUCGAAGCUAUGGGGCACCGACAAGCUCCUCGUGUCGUUCGACGGCAUGAAUCUGACCAUCCCAGCAACCGACAGGCCGGCAUUGGAGCCAUGGCCGCACGUCGACCAAAGCCCGCUGCGGAAGGGCAUGCAGUGCGUCCAGGGAAUCCUGAACUUUGCGCCAAACGGACCGAAAGACGGCGGAUUGAUCGUCGUCAAAGGGUCCAGCAAGCUUGAAGAGCUCUUUUUCGAAGCUCACAACGACGUCCAAGGUCGCGAGACGUGGGGUCCCGCCGAUUGGUUUGGCUUUCAGCAGGACGAGGUCGACUGGUUCCUUGACCGUGGCUGCGAAGUGCUGAAGGUCUGCGCUGAUCCUGGCGAUCUUAUUCUCUGGGACUCGAGGACGGUCCAUUGGAAUGUCAUGCCCGAGUCGGACGUCACUCGUGCUGCUAUGUACAUCUGCUACACGCCUGCAUCCUUUGCUUCCGCUGAAGACUUGGAGCUCAAGUCAGCUCUAUUCAAGCAGAGAUGUGGAACGACACAUUGGCCGCAUGCCAAUAUCUUUCCCAAUAAAGAGAAGCAGCUCCGACUUGGCAAACCUGAUACAUUUUCGAGAGAGAGGCCGUACCAAGAGCCGGAGGAGAACGAGUUGACGCUGAAGUUAGCGGGAGUGCUCCAAUACGAAGAUUGA